AUGUCAAAAAAUGCAAUUCCAAUCAAAAUAGUUUUAAUUGGCGACGGUGCUGUUGGCAAAACUUCAAUUUGUUUAUCUUAUAUAAAUCAGUAUAAUUCAAAAAAGGAUUUAUACAUUCCAACUGUUUUUGAUUCAGAAAAAAUUAAUAAAUCCUUUGGUGAUCAAAAUUUUGAAAUUACUUUUUACGACACAGCUGGUGCUGAUGAAUAUGACAAAUUGCGGAGACUUUCCUUUAUCAAUGCGACUGUAUUUUUUGUUUGUUAUUCUGCUGAUUCAAAAACAUCAUUUGAGGAUGUCAAACAAAAAUGGUUGAAAGAGGCAAAUUGGUUUGUCCAAAAUUCACUGAUUGUUUUGGUCGAGACAAAAGUCGACUUACGUUUUGAAAAAAGUGAGAACAUUAUAAGACGUUCUAAUUUUGUAAAAGAUGACGAAGGAGUCUUGUUGGCUAAACAAAUUGGAGCGCUCGGAUAUUUUCAGACAUCUGCAGAGAACAAUUUGAAUAGUUUGUAUUUUGUGCAUAAACUAUACACAAGCCAAAAAAGGAAAAUCAUAAAAACUUGGAUUAAUAUCUUUGUAAGAACAGGCCAAAACAAAAAUAAGGGCGUUAUUUUAAAUGUAAAAAACUUUAUUUUUUUCAGUUUAUCUAUUUUUUAUUAA